GUUUGAUUUCUAGGGUGAUUACACAUUUUAAAUCUUCAACAUGUGGAGCCUUUGUUUACUUUGUACAAUCCUUGUAAUUUUGUUUUUAAUUAGAAAAUUAUAUUUGAAUGUAUAUAAAAGACAUAAAAAUGUUUGUAUUGUUGUUCUUGGAGACUUGGGUAGGAGUCCCAGAAUGCAAUACCAUGCAAUGUCGUUUAUAAAAGAAGGUUUUACGGUGGAUAUUGUAGGUUAUCCUGAUUCAUUACCCUUAAAAGAAAUAAGAGAAAAUCCUUCUGUGCGUAUUUAUUACCUUUAUCCUCCUCCAAGUAUAGAAGACAAAUUAUCUCGUUCGGCUUAUUAUGUGAUAAAAACCAUAUGGCAAACAUUUAACCUUUUAUGGGUUUUAUUAUUUGGUAAACAUAUAUCAAGCUAUAUAUUAAUACAGAAUCCACCUGCAAUACCAACAAUUCCAAUUUGUUGGUUUUAUUCUGUCAUUGUUAGCUCAAAAUUUAUUAUCGAUUGGCAUAAUUAUGCUCAUACUCUUAUGGCAUUGAGUUUGAAAGAUGAUCAUUUACUUGUAAAACUUGCAAAAAUAAUUGAAACAUAUUUUGGUUUAAAAGCAAAUUAUAAUUUCUGUGUGUCUCGAGCAAUGAAGGAAGAUUUACAAUUAAAAUGGGGAAUCAAAGCUGAUGUAUUAUACGAUCGUCCAUCAGAUGAAUUUCAGCCUAUAUCAUUAAGAGAAAAACAUAUGUUUCUAUUAAAGUUAAGUGAGAAAUAUAAAGAAUUGAAAGGUUUCAAAGAAAAUUCAACUGUAUUUACAGAAUAUAUAGAAAAUGAGGUACAGUUAUCUCCUAAAAGGCCUGGUUUUAUUGUAUCAAGUACAAGUUGGACAGAAGAUGAAGAUUUUUCAAUACUAUUAAAUGCAUUACAGGAAUAUGAAAAUGCUUUUAAUCAAGAAACUUGCAAAUUACCUGAUUUAAUUUGUAUAAUAACUGGUAAAGGUCCUUUGAAAGAAUUUUAUGUAGCGGUCAUAAAAUUAAAAAAUUGGAAACAUAUUACAAUUCUAACACCAUGGCUUGAAAAUGAAGACUAUCCCAAAAUGUUAGUUUACCAGAACUUGUUAAACACAAUGAAAAUGGAAUGAUCUUUUCAAAUGACAAGGAAUUAGCAGAACAAUUAAAAUCGUUUUUCGAAAACUUUCCUAAUAAUAAUAUUCAACAUCAAUUAGACAAAAAAUUUCGAGAGGAAUUGCACAGAUUUCAAAAAAAUCGAUGGCACGGUAUUUUAACGCAAGAACUAAGUUAUUCUUUAAAUAAGAACUAUCCAGACAAUUAUGUAAGUUAUAUUGCUGCAUCAUAUGUAAAAUUUGUUGAAGGAGCCGGGGCAAGAGUUGUCCCAAUUUGGAUUGCGAAACGAUUGAAUAAAAACGGUGAUUAUUUUCCAAUCCUUGGAAUAUGUUUAGGAUUUGAACUGCUAACAUAUGUUGUUGCUGAACGUUCUGAACACAGGAUCAAUUGUGAUUGUAGCAAUCAAUCACUCCCGCUAGAAUUCGAUCCAGAUUAUCGAAACAGUCGAAUGUUUGGUAAUGCUUCAGAUAAUAUUAUAAACACACUGAAAACUAAGAACGUGACAGCGAAUUUUCAUCAGUAUUGUGUUACGAGAACAGCUUUAAGAAAGGCUGGUAUACAGAAGAAAUUUCGAAUAUUAUCUUUCAAUCACGAUAUAAAUAAUAUUCGAUUCAUUUCUUCAUUGGAACACGUUUCUUUUCCCUUUUAUGGCUUGCAAUUUCAUCCAGAGAAGAACUCAUACGAAUGGGCGAUUAAAAAAAAUAUUCCACACGGGGAACUUGCCACUAAAAUCUCGCAAUAUUUUGCUGAUUUCUUCGUUAAUGAAGGUAUAUCUAUUUUAUCUGAAUGUUUUUAUAUCUCAUCUUCAAUGUGAACGUAAAUUAAUACAAAUUAAAAUUAUUUUAUAUGCAGCACGUAAGAAUAAUCAUACAUUUGAAAACGAAGCUGAAGAAGCUCGGAAAUUGAUUUAUAACUAUCCAGUAACUUAUACUGCGUUGAAGAAGUCUUCGUUUGUUCAAUGUUAUCUUUUCACAAGCAGCGAUACAAUAUGAAAUAUUUAAUUAAUUUUCGAUCUAUUAAUUUUAUUUUACAUCAUUAUUAUAUGUUACUAUUUUAUCAUAUGUAUCAUAGAUAUUGAAACGAAUAUUAUAUACACUUUUUAGAAUGAAUAUAAAACUCGCGAAUGUUUAUUUUCACGAAAUCAUUGAUUUAUACUAAAAAUUUUAUUCAAAAUAGAAUUAAAGCAUGGGAAAUUAUUACAUGUAAGACAGGACACGUAGUGUUCACAUUUAACAUAACACCAGUGUAUAUUGUGUCACAACUGGGAUACAUAAUAUUACAAUGGUGCAUAAUAAAAUUCUAUACAUAUUUCAUUCUAUCUAAAAGUAAAUUAUAUUUCGAAUUCUUUCCUUCACCAUCAUAUUUCUCUUUGAACCGAAACAGUUCUAUUUCAGCAGUUCUAUUUUUUAUUGUUAGCGAAAAAAGGCAAAAUCAUUCAGAUGGGUCCAGUUUUAUUAAAAAUUAUGCAAAAAAACUGACUGGUUACGAAUUUUAGCGAAACAUUGAAGUAGCAUCUUACUGUUUUUUACUUAAUAUCUUUCAUAAAAUCGCUUCGAUUCAAAGGGAAUAGUUGGAUCUGAUACAUACCUGCUUGCUAUUUUUUUAAAACAAGCACGAAACUAAAUCUCUUAAAAGCAUGAACCAACUCUUAAUUUUAUUUCUCGUAACGUAUAAUAUUAUCAAUAAUAAUGCAAUAAUAAUAAUAUUAUCAAUAAUAAUAUAAUAAUAAUAAUAAUAAUAAUUCAUAUAAACAUUAUUUCUAUUUAUUCCUUGUUAGACUUUUUAGCAAAUUACAAGGAGCGAUGCCAUGAAUAAAUUGCGAAGGAAUUCUUUACACGUAUCGUCGGAAAUAUUACUUGCAUUAAGUGUCUCCGGUACGGCAUCAUAGUUUUCUUCUUUUUUUUUUUUCUUCAUUUUCACGUCGUGUACAACAUAUAUAUACAUAAUGUAUAUAAGCGUGAGCAAUAUAUAUUAUACAUAUAUAUUUGUUUUUCCUUCCUAGAUGUAUCUUUGCACAGACUGCGUAUUUCCUUCAUAUCUUCAUUGCUCGCUUUUUCUAUACAUCUCUUUUUGUUUUUCUACGAAUAUAAUGUGAAAAUUUUACGCUCCGUAUGUGACAUGUAUUUUAUGCCACUCAUAAAGUGAAUCUGCGGUAUUAAUUAAUUUUUCCCUUGUUAUUUUUCUUUCUUCCCUCUUUUCGUUAAAUAGUACGUGAUAUCUAACUGCUUGGAUAUACUUAGAUAUAUUUAUCAUAAUAUAUUAAUCUAGACUUCUACAGAGUGA